GCAUUUGUCUGGAACAACUGCUUGGUGGGGACUAGCUAGCUAAAGUCUCUCUCUGUGCAAUUUGAUUUUUACUUACAGUUGACAGCUAAAAUCACUCAAACCUUAGAGAAUACUCCCAUAGAGUAUAAGUUACUCUGAAACGGACCAAGAGCUACUGAUCAGCUAAAAAGAGAACAAUACCAACUACUACUAUCUAUCCAUCAUCCAAGUGAAUUAUUGAAGUGAUCAUCUGGUCACACGCACACACAGAGGGUAGCAAUACUGACAGAGGUGGGACUUGCAUCGAACCUUGAGUUAGAAAUUGAUGAUGAAGGGUUAAUCGUGAUACAGGCAGGAUUGAUAUAAAAUCAAAAGAGAAAUCGGUGGAGAGAUCGAUGAUAAUACGUAUGAUUGAUUGAUCAAAUUUGCUUAGUAGGAAAGAGAGAUGUGCCAUGUGAAUAUUGAGUGUACAGGGAUGGGAUCCUCAUCGAUGUCGUUCUUCAAUCAUUCUCUCUAGUUAUCUCUCUUAAACUUUUCGCCAUUAAAGCAGACACAGCAGCAGCCACAGCAACAGCACCAUUUCCUCUUCAUCAUCAUUAUCAAGUACUCUCUCCUCCUUAACUAGUCCUACAAGUUGGUUGGUUAACUGAACAGACAACAACUGAAAGAGAAAAUCAAGAACACGUACAGCUGAGAACCGUUUCUAAUCUCUCCAUCAGAGAUGGAUCCAUUUGAGAGUCAAUCGGCCGGAAAACAAUCUUACCGCAGGGACUCUCGCGACUCGCUGGAAGUCUUCAAUCCAUCUAGCACUCCCCCUUCCAAAACGACUACCAGCGCUGCACCGACGUCCCGUCCAAAUCCGGCCUUGCAAAAUUGGGGAGCAACACAGGGUACUAAUAAUAAUCCUGUACCUGGCAAGGAUGCAGCGGAUAGUAAGAAUCAAUUGUCAAAAUCAAGCAGUACUAAAACAGAUGAAAGUACUUCUUGGAUGGCUCUCAAAAAUCCAACACCACCGCAGCUGACAUUACCACCGCUAAUCGAAAAAACCAUAUCUUCCACCAAAAAAACAGUUCCAGAUAGUGAUCACAGUCAGAAAAACACAGAAAAAGAUGUUCCUUUGAGCAAGGAAACUGGUGCAGCUGCACAAAGAGCAGCAGAAUGGGGAUUAGUAUUAAAAACUGACGAUGAGACGGGUAAACCACAAGGUGUUGGAGUCAGAACUUCAGGUGGAGAAAGACUACCAUCGUCCAGGAAAAACUCUACGAAUUCCGAGGAUUCCGACGGAGGUGUCGGGAGAGGAAUGCCAAGAGUUUCUGAGGAUCUAAAAGAUGCUUUAUCAACUUUUCAACAGACGUUUGUGGUUUCUGAUGCCACCAAACCUGAUUAUCCUAUACUGUAUGCAAGUGCUGGUUUCUUUAAGAUGACCGGGUAUACCUCCAGAGAAGUCAUUGGCAGAAACUGUCGAUUUAUGCAAGGCGCAGGAACGGAUCCACAGGAUGUAAUGAAGAUAAGAGAGGCACUAGAAGCUGGAAACACUUACUGUGGAAGAUUGAUGAAUUACAAGAAGGAUGGAUCCCCAUUUUGGAAUCUACUUACAAUUGCUCCUAUCAAAGACGACGAUGGCAAAGUUCUCAAGUUCAUUGGAAUGCAAGUGGAAGUCAGCAAACACACUGAAGGAGCGAAAGAGAAGACGGUUCGACCCAAUGGAUUGCCUGAAUCAUUGAUCAAAUAUGACGCUAGACAGCGGGAAUCAGCAACAAGUUCAGUGACAGAAUUAGUACUAGCUGUUAAAGACCCACGCGCACUUUCUGAAUCAACAAACAGACCAUUCAGGAAAUCAGAAGGCGGUGGUAUUGGUGCAAAUGGACGACCUAGAUCAUCAGAAGCUCUCAAUCCUCCAGGAAGAAGAAACUCUGAAAAUGUAGCACCUCAUAGACGUAAUUCACAUGGCAAUAUGCGAAAUUCAAUGCAACGAAUAAGUGAAAUUCCUGAAAAGAAGCCAAGAAAGUCCGGAUUACGUUCUUUCAUGGGGUUCAAGGGAAAAGGACACUCAAAUGCCGAAGAAAAUGGGAAUAUGGCAUUUGCAUUGGAGGAAGAGGAUGAUAGUGAAGAUGAUGCUGAUUACGAUGGAAGACCUGAGAGUAUGGAUGAUAAAGUGAGAAAGAAGGAAAUGAGGAAGGGUAUUGAUCUCGCGACAACACUUGAACGUAUAGAGAAAAACUUCGUCAUCACUGAUCCUAGAUUGCCCGAUAAUCCCAUUAUUUUCGCUUCAGACAGUUUCUUAGAGCUCACUGAGUAUAGCCGUGAAGAAAUCUUGGGCAGAAACUGCAGGUUUCUUCAAGGUCCUGAAACUGAUAUGGCGACAGUCAAAAAGAUCAGAAAUGCUAUUGAUACCCAAACAGAUGUUACUGUACAGCUUAUCAACUACACCAAAACUGGGAAAAAGUUUUGGAAUUUGUUUCAUUUGCAGCCUAUGAGAGACCAAAAGGGAGAAGUGCAGUAUUUUAUUGGAGUCCAACUUGAUGGGAGUGAACAUGUUGAGCCACUUGCCAAUUGUAUCCCAGAGUCUACCGCAAAGGAAAGUGCAAAAGUGGUGAAAGAAACAGCAGAAAAUGUUGAUGAAGCUGUGCGAGAACUCCCGGAUGCUAACAUGAAACCGGAGGAUCUAUGGAUGAAUCAUUCGAAGAUUGUUCUGCCGAAGCCUCACAGGAGAGAGAGCUCAUCAUGGAAAGCUAUUCGAAAGAUUCUGGAGACUGGAGAAUCAAUUGGCUUACAUCAUUUUAGGCCGGUAAAACCAUUGGGCUCUGGUGACACCGGAAGUGUUCAUUUGGUGGAAUUGAUUGGAACUGGAGAAUACUUUGCGAUGAAGGCUAUGGAUAAGGGUAUUAUGCUCAACCGUAACAAGGUGCAUAGGGCUUGUGCAGAAAGAGAAAUUCUCGAUUUGCUGGACCACCCUUUUCUUCCUGCAUUAUACGCCUCUUUUCAGACUAAAACACAUAUUUGUCUGAUAACUGAUUACUGCCCUGGCGGUGAGCUUUUCCUACUUUUAGACAGACAACCAACGAAGGUCCUUAAGGAAGAUGCAGUAAGAUUCUACGCUACGGAAGUAGUUAUUGCUUUGGAAUACCUUCACUGCCAAGGUAUCAUAUACAGGGAUUUGAAACCGGAAAAUAUCUUACUCCAGGGCAAUGGACAUGUAGCAUUAACGGAUUUUGAUCUCUCGUGUUUGACUUCUUGCAAGCCAGAGCUUUUGAUUCGAAGUAACAAUGAUAAGAAAAAGCAAAACAAAGGACAAUUGCCUCCAAUCUUUAUGGCUGAACCGAUACGAGCUUCGAAUUCUUUUGUUGGCACCGAGGAAUACAUAGCACCGGAAAUUAUCACUGGAGCUGGUCAUACAAGUGCAGUUGAUUGGUGGGCUCUAGGCAUUCUUCUAUAUGAAAUGCUCUAUGGAUAUACACCAUUCAGAGGAAAGACGAGGCAAAAGACAUUUGCUAACAUUCUUCACAAGGAUCUUAAAUUCCCAUCAAGCAUUCCGGUAAGUUUCCACGCAAAGCAGUUAAUGUAUCGCUUAUUGCAUAGAGAUCCCAAGAAUAGAUUGGGUUCGCGUGAAGGUGCAAACGAAAUCAAGAACCAUCCAUUUUUCCGUGAUGCCAAUUGGGCUCUUGUCCGUUGCACGAACCCACCUGAUCUCGAUACUCCCACACCAAUCACGACAACCGAAGAUGCUGAAAAGGAAAUCAAAGUUGUUGAUCCUCAACUUUUGGAUUUGCAAACAAAUAUCUUUUAGAGGCAUUCUGGGAUCUACUUCAAAUGCACUGAAUGGUCCAUUUUAACUAUCUAAAACAUGGAUGAACCAAGAAGUAGUUCACUUUCAUCCAGUACCCGUGUGUCUGGUCUCACUAUUUUGAUUUUGCUUCUUUUGUCCUCCAAGUCGGUGAAGCCAGAAAUUUUCAUUGUUAUUUUGCUUUCUUCUUUUUCUUUACAUUGUUAUUGUGUGUAGUUUUUUACAUUGCUCUGUCUUCUGUAAUUUUUAUCUUCAUUGGUGUGAUACCUUGAAUUUUUGGUUAAAAGUAAAUAAAUUCUCCUUUGCGUCUA